UUGGCUUCACAAAUCAUUCAUCUUGCUUGGUGUAAUCACAUGGUGUUGGCACAGUAAUAGACGAAAAUUCGCAAUGUACAUUCUCUGUAUUUGUCUUCUGGCGCCACUAAUACAAAAUGGCUUUUCUCUAAUCGGGGAAGAAACAGAUCUGAACUCUUUAUCAAGCUACGAAGCCGUCGACGACUUCAAGGAAAAUUUCGAAAUUUGGAAUACCGACAAUCAGCCCGAUGUUGUUGUGUAUGAUGGCAUAUCAAGGCUGGAGCUCGAAGAAAUAUGCAAAGAUUCCGACACGUUAGUUUACAUCCUUCAAGAGGAUAUUACAAUUGAUUGCAAAGCUUUCAAUAGUGGAGAUCGGCCGAUAGAUGCACCGAAAAAAGUAAUCAAGCGUUCGAUUGAGGACGAAGUUGAAGGGUCAGGCUCUGGACCGACACAUGAUAACAUUGAAGAAAAUUUCGCCGGUGAACCUGAUGAGAAUUUAAAGUCUGACACCGGAGACGAAAUAAAUGAUCCAGUACCAACUUUCGCAUCAGAAUACAAUCAAAAAGAAGAUUCAGAAAUAGUGACACCAAAUGGAACGAACGAGGAUGACAUUCAAACAGUUAAUACUGAAACGCCAGCGGAGGAACCAAAAAUAAAUGAUGCAUUGAGUGGACCAAAAAUUGAAACGGGGAAUUCAGAACCAGACAAGCCAAAUGCAACGAAUGAAGAAGCAAGUGAAACAGUACAUACUGGAACGCCAUUGGAACCAACAGAAAAAACUAAUGAUCAACAAGAAAAAGAAAUGGAGAAUUCUGGGCCACAGACAGUUGAAACGGAUAACCAAGACACAAAUCAACCAAUAAUAAGUGAUGCAGAAAGCGUAUCAGAAAAGAAAGAAAAUGAAACGACUGACGAACUAGGUCAACACACAACUAUGCAAUCAGAAGAGGGCCCGAAGCUAAGGCAAGCAAAUAUCUCACAAGACCUGAAUGAAACGGAUGAAGAAAGCCCAGAUUCUUCGUCAGAAAAUGGAAACAUUGACAAUGAAUCAUCUGAACAACCAUUAACACCACCCGCGACAAAUAACAAUGAAAUUCUAACUCCCUCUAAUGAAGUCAAUCAACCGGUACCAGACGGGAAUUUGGGUAGUGACACUAAUGCAGAGAAUAACAAUACAGAAACCACUAUUAAAACCACUAGCGACAAUGGAAAUGAGGAAAUUCCAACCACAACUGCAGCAAGUAUAACAGAGCCACCAACUGACGAGGAAAAAAAACAACAACCAAACGACGAGAUGACCGUACCACAAAAAAGUGAUAAUGAUAACCAAGCAGGCUGGAUUUCAAAACCUGAGCAAAACACCGAAGGUAAGAGUCUGAUUCCGCCCAAGAAAAGUGAAGAAAUGCAAAUAAAAGAGGACGCUACAGAGUCUGAAAAUGCGGAUAGCCCUGCCCAAUCUUCUAAAAAAGCUGGCAGUAAAGACACCACUAUCCUAGUUUUCUUGUUCGUAGCAGUAGUAGUUGUUGGAGCCCUCGCUUUUGGUUACAAUUUCAUAAAGAAGAGAAAACGCCAAUCUGCAGAUUUAGAGCGCGCGGAAAGGACUCCAGUAACUAAGCUAAGUUUGCAGAAUUUAGCCAAAACUGACGAGCCAGAAAAGAAACCUUUAAUGAGUGACACCAAAGAAGUUGAGAUGGUUGAUAUGAAGCGAGAUAAUUCAGCGCCAGAACAAACGCCCGAAACGGCAAAUAAUGAUACGACUGUGAGAACAUAAGUCACGAUUUUUUUAUAUUAUUUAUGUAAUUAGUAUUUAUGUCCAUUAUAUCAUAUUGAUUCUAAUAAAUCACAAAAUUUGCUUA